GUUUAUUAUCAAAAUUAGUACAACCGAACGGAGAUACGCAGCAACAAGUGGACGAUGGUUUAAUCGUAUCAAUCUGGAAUUAAUAUACCUUAAGAGGAAUAUCAUGUAUAUUGAGUGAAAAGAGUGAAAACUUUUAUCCACGAAGAUACAAUGGCUAUUGAACAUAAAGAUUUGCUUGCCUUAAAGGAAAACAAACUAUGUGAAAACAAUUGCAUGAUCAACAAGCAAUUUAAGUUGAAGAGGUGCGAACAUUUAUCAUUUCCUCAGAUAAUUUUAAGUGUAUUCUUGGUUUAUUGGUUUAUCUUUUGUCCUCUAAUUUGGGCAGUAUCCUACACGUUUACAUAUUGGUCUUCAUACGGGUCUUUUCUCUUCUGGAUGAUUGCAUUUCUAAUUUGGAUCAUAAUCAUGUGCGGGCUAACGAUCUUUUGGAUAUAUUUCAAAGCUAGACAAAGUUUUGAAAUUAAUGCGAUUUCGAAAUAUGGCUUGAAUAACAUGAAGAAACCUCUGACCAUUCACCAAAUGUCAUCUGAAGAUCAGAAAUUUUUCGAGAUGAAAAAGUGGCAUAAUUCUCUUGAUUCAGAAUCUAAAGAAAACUUGGAAAAGGCAUCACCACUUUUGGUACACAAACAAAUAUUUGGUAAAAAUAUCGAAGAUACUUUUGGAGUGAUGCAUAUCGAAGAUGAAGAAACUCGCUUAAGCACUGCCAGUGCUUAUGUCAAGAAGAAUCCCUUGCAGGAUUAUCUGAACCUAACGACGGUGUUGCCUUCAGAGGACGAAGUAAAAUCCCCGAAGACCCCUACGGAAUUAUUGUCGCCGAGAGAAUUAUUUUUCAUUGAUUUAAUCCGCGAGGCGGAAAGAGCUGAGAACGCGAAAUUGUCGGAGAUGAAAACAUAUUUCUUUUCGGAUGAAGUAAUCAAGAAUGAUAAUGUGGAAAACGUGAGAAAUAUACAGAAUGAGAAAGAUUUCAAGAAUGCAGAGCAUAAAAAAAAUAUAAAAGAUGUGGAAGAUGCAAAGGAUGAAAAGGAUGGGAGAAUGAAUGAGUCAAAGCGCGAAUCAAGUUACUUUCUAGCUGAUGUGAAGAAUCCAGUUGGCGAAAAAAUGAAAAUUUUUUUCCAGGUCAAUUCAAAGAUAAAUGGGAAGGCCGAAUUGAUUGUGGAGAAAUCGAUGGGAAUAUUACAAUCCAAUGAAGCAAAUUUGCAAGAAACUUCUAUUUUGUCGAGUUAAUUAAAUAAUUCAAAUCGAUCGCUUAUGACAAUUAAUUAAAAAAUAUAAAAAAUAU